AUGGCCUCAGACCUACCGCCUACUCUUCAGAACAUCUUAGAUCAGAAUUCAUUGAAGUGGAUAUUCUGCGGUGGCAAGGGGGGUGUCGGAAAGACGACCACAUCUUGCUCGCUUGCGAUACAACUGGCCAAGUGCCGCAAGUCUGUUCUCUUGAUCUCUACCGAUCCAGCACACAAUUUAUCGGAUGCAUUUGGCCAGAAGUUCUCAAAAGAUGCCACGAAAGUGAACGGGUUCGAUAACCUCUUCGCGAUGGAGAUCGACCCAACGAGCGCUAUACAGGAGAUGGUUGACCAAUCCGACUCGAAUGGGAUGAUGGGUACCAUGAUGCAAGAUCUUGCGUUCGCCAUACCUGGCGUUGACGAAGCUAUGAGCUUCGCGGAGAUCAUGAAGUAUGUCAAGUCCAUGGAAUAUUCUGUGAUAGUCUUUGAUACGGCUCCAACGGGCCACACCUUGCGCUUCCUCUCCUUCCCAACCGUGCUGGAGAAGGCGUUGGGGAAGCUCAGCACCCUUGGGUCGAGGUUCGGCCCCAUGAUUAGCCAGAUGUCAAGCAUGAUGGGAGGCGAGCAAACGUCACAAGAAGACAUGUUCGCUAAGCUCGAGUCAAUGAGAUCUGUGAUUAGCGAAGUCAACGCCCAGUUCAAAGAUCCCGAAAAAACCACUUUCAUUUGCGUUUGCAUCUCCGAGUUUCUGUCGCUGUACGAGACCGAACGGCUGGUUCAGGAACUCACAGCAUACGAGAUCGAUACCCACAACAUCGUCGUGAACCAGUUACUCUUCCCUAAGAAAUCGUCCAACUGCGAACACUGUCGCGUGCGUCACAACAUGCAGCAAAAGUACUUGAACGAGGCACAUGAGCUGUACGACGAGUUCUUCCAUAUCAUCAAGCUCCCACUCCUGACGGAGGAAGUGCGUGGUCCGGAGAAGCUACAAGAGUUUAGCAAAAUGCUGGUAGAACCUUACGCUCCCAACCUAGAUUAA